GUGUUCCUCAUUAACCUUCUAUCUAUAAUUAUCCCUAUCCUACUAGCCGUCGCAUUCCUAACACUAAUUGAACGUAAAGUAUUAGGUUAUAUGCAACUUCGCAAAGGACCAAACAUUGUAGGUCCAUACGGAUUACUUCAACCAAUUGCAGAUGCUAUAAAACUAUUUACCAAAGAACCUCUACGACCACAAACCUCAUCCAUCCUCAUAUUUAUCCUAGCUCCUAUUCUAGCCCUAACACUAGCCCUAACAAUAUGAAUUCCACUUCCAAUACCUUCCUCAUUAAUUAAUAUAAACCUCAGCCUAUUAUUUAUCCUAGCAACAUCAAGCCUAGCAGUCUAUUCAAUUCUAUGAUCAGGAUGAGCCUCCAACUCAAAAUACGCCCUCAUUGGAGCCCUACGCGCAGUAGCCCAAACAAUCUCCUAUGAAGUCUCACUUGCUAUUAUCCUACUAUCAGUGAUACUACUUAAUGGUUCAUUUACAUUAACUUCCCUCAUUCAAACUCAAGAACAUAUCUGAUUAAUCUUCCCAACCUGACCUCUAGCUAUAAUAUGAUUCAUCUCAACAUUAGCAGAAACUAAUCGAGCUCCUUUCGACUUAACAGAAGGAGAAUCAGAACUAGUCUCUGGUUUUAACGUAGAAUACGCCGCAGGCCCAUUCGCACUAUUCUUCCUAGCAGAAUAUGCUAAUAUUAUCCUCAUAAAUGCUUUAACAACAACACUAUUCCUAGGCGCAUAUCACAGCCCACUAAUCCCAGAAGCCUAUACAACAAACUUUAUAGUCAAAACCAUACUAUUAACAAUUAGCUUUUUAUGAGUUCGAGCAUCUUAUCCACGCUUCCGAUACGAUCAACUAAUGCACCUUCUAUGAAAAAAUUUUCUUCCCCUAACCCUAGCCAUAUGUAUAAUUUAUGUAUCCAUACCUGUAAUACUAGCAAGUAUCCCACCACAAACAUAG